GCAUCAGGUGUCACAGUAUCAGACGUUUGUAAAACAACCUAUGAAGAAAUCAAGAAGGACAAGAAGCACCGCUAUGUAGUCUUCUACAUCAAGGAUGAGAAGCAGAUCGACGUUGAGGUUAUUGGUGACCGCAAUGCUGCCUAUGACCAGUUCCUAGAAGAUUUACAGAAGGGAGGUGUUGGAGAAUGCCGCUAUGGCCUCUUCGAUUUCGAAUACACCCACCAAUGUCAAGGAACCUCAGAGGCCUCCAAGAAGCAGAAGCUGUUCCUUAUGUCCUGGUGCCCAGACACCGCCAAGGUCAAGAAGAAGAUGUUGUACUCCUCCAGCUUCGAUGCCCUCAAGAAGUCCCUUGUUGGAGUCCAGAAGUACAUUCAGGCCACCGACCUGUCGGAAGCAUCAGAGGAGGCUGUGGAGGAGAAGCUGCGUGCUACUGACAGGCAGUAACUCCCAAAAACGCCAAAAAGAAACCUGAAAACAAUUUUUUUAAUUAUGCAAGUCUUAGAUGACUCCAUAACUCAUUUUGGAUAUCAUUUUUAUAUUGCAACUGAAUGAUAACUUCCAUGUGGCUCUCCAUUUCAAUAUUGUAAAGGUGUGACAAGCAUUGAAUAUGCCUCACACCUGGAAUGAGUGAUCUGUGAUUACCAUUCUCUUAUGAAGUGUUUUUAAUAUUCGGUUUUUCUAGUUUCUUAAAUAAAUUUAAGCAAUUUAAGUAUAUGUCAGCUUAUUGUUUUGCAAGUUCCUUUACAAAGCACAGCUUGGAAAAUGAGCCUGUGACAUGCUGAUUGAGCACUAAGGCUGAAGGAAGCACAAGCUCAAUUCUGACAGUAUUAAAUCCUGAAGUUUUUGGUUACUUCCUGUGUCUUAUCUGCAGGCUUAGCUCCAGUGCUUGUCAAAUUGGAACAAAUCUUGGAGUCUUGCUUUGCACAAUUUUAUUGGGAGUAAUCUGGUGUCAAACCCUCUUGUUUUGAUUGCCCAUUUACUCAACCGUAUCAGGGAUUUUGACAUUUGGUGUUGUAUCGGAGAGCAUUUUAAGUGUAAUUUAUACAAAUAUGAAAUGAGGUGUUCUUUUGAAUUGACUGUGGAAUCAGGUGAAUGUAAGAUAAUAAAAUAUUUAAUAUGAAACACAA